GCGGGUGCGAAGCUCUAUGCGAUCUAGCCCAGGGCAACUCGCUCCAAUCUGCUACAUCAGCACCCAUAUUAGCACGACACCGAGCGUGGGGGAAGGCGAAUUGCACCUAGCUGUAUCGGCUUGAAAAGACAAGUCGCACCUACCGUCACCUUUCUUGCCAUUUUCUUCCCUACCGCCCUUCCCUUCUCUCUCUCUCCGCCACAAUUUCUUCUUCUGGAGAUAACACCAGCCUGAGGGGAACACGGUUGCAAACAUGAACAGAGGCAGCGUGCUGGACGAAAAGGUGCACUGCAUCGCCGACCUCGAGGCGGCGGCGACACUGACGCUGCCGCCUAUGGUGCGCGACUUUUACGCAGGCGGAUCGAUGGACCUCAAGACGCUGGGCGAGAACAAGUCGUCGUUUGACCGGUACCGUCUGCGCCCACGUUUCUUGCGCGACGUGACGAGCGUGGAUCCCUCGACGACGUGCCUGGGCUCCAGAACGAGCUUCCCGCUGGGGCUGAGCCCGGCGGCCAACCACUGCCUGGCGCACCCCGAUGGAGAGAGGGCCUCGUCGGCAGCAGCAAGCAAGCGGGGCAUCAACAUGGCCCUGUCCAUGUGGUCCAACUGCAGCCUUGAGGACGUCAUUGCCCAGUCCGAUGCCCAGGGUCGCGCGACGUCGUACGCGCAGAACCUGACAAUCGUCAAGGACCGCUCCAUCAACCUGGCCAUCAUGCGCCGUGCCGAGCGGGCCGGUUACAAGGCCCUGUUCAUCUCCGUCGACUGCCCCUGGCUCGGACGGCGGCUCAACGAGUUCCGCAACACCUUCAGCCUGCCCGAGCAUCUCGGCUUCCCAAACGUGCCCGGAAUCGACCCGCACAACAUGGUCACGGCCGACGAGCGCGUAGCCUACGAUGCCAGCCUGUUGUGGGAGCACGUUGCGUGGCUCAAGAGCCAGACCAAGCUCCAGAUCUGGCUCAAGGGCAUCCUCACGGCCGAGGACGCAUCCAAUGCCGUGGCGGCAGGCGCGGACGGCAUCAUCGUCAGCAACCACGGCGGCCGGCAGCUCGACGGCGUCCUCGCGACCAUCGAUGCCCUGCCCGAGAUUGUCGAGGCAGUCCGCGGGCGCAUUCCCGUCCACAUGGACGGCGGCAUCCGGCGCGGCAGCGACAUCUUCAAAGCGCUUGCCCUGGGCGCAGACUACUGCUGGGUCGGCCGCGUGCCUCUCUGGGGCCUGGCAUACAAUGGACAGGACGGCGUCAGCCUCGCGCUCAACAUUCUCUACGACGAGUUCCGGCUCGUCAUGGCCCUUAUGGGUUGCAGAAGCGUCGAGGAAAUCUCACAGGAACACCUUGCCCUCCUCCACGGGGACGGCCGUUUCCACCGCAUCGCGACGUACCCCUGGAAGAAGUGGUCGCAGGGCAUCGGUGCCGACAAGCCUUCCUCGAACUCACGCCCCUCCUCUUCCUCUUCAUCUUCUUCUUCUUCUUCGCUUACAUCGCCGAACAGCAACGCCACCCACGUCAUGCCCGCAGCACCCGCGACGCUUCGCAGCAACCCCACGUCCGUUGACGAUGGCAUGGUCGCAAAGUCGAGACUCUAGCUGCUCUCUCUUCCUGUCUUUUCUUUUGCUCGCAUUCACUCCUACUACCUCACUCAAGGCUCCCUCUCACGACAUGAAUCUGAACAUUGUGCGCAUCUUAUGACGUUGUCGAACCGAAGAAUGAGUUGCGAAUUACCAGUUUUGGCCUCGCCACGGCGACUUUCCUCGUUUACGGCAGUCCAUUCUGGAUCGUUGACACUCUAAUUGAGGAUUGCAUUAAUGAGGAGACAAGGUGACGGUGAUGACAUUGCGAUUGAAUAGGGCAAAUGCGUUGACGGAAGCGAUGGACCGGGCAAAUCAA